AUGAUUGAAUUUUUUAUUUGUUCUUCAUGGAUUGUUAUAAAUUUAAAUGGAUUUAAGUAUCGUUUAAGAAAAACUCCAAAACAUUUGUGUGGGAAACAUCAUCAAGUAAUUAAUAUUUUCAACAACUGUUCCAUGACCAAUUCUCACCUAAUAUUUCUAUCCAAACCAACAUUGAUUACGGUUCCACCCCACAAUUUUGCUCAUAAAGUGGAGAAGCAGUGUGGUAGUUGCCAUCUUUACCGUUUUAAGUUUCGACUAUCCAACCUGAGAAAAGACUGCCCAAUUAGUGGGAAAGAUAAAAGAACCAAGAUGAAUGUAAAUUAG